CAUAGUUUCUAACUUUCUAUCAUGGCUCUCGAUUCUCUUCCAAGCAGGAAUUUGAAACCCACAGAUGAGGAACUUCUCAAAUCAUUCCUCUACAACAAAAUUAACAAUAACCCUUUGCCCAAUCAUAUCAACAUUCUUGAACAUGAUUUGUUUGGUAUCAAAAAGAACCCUUGGGAAAUUUGGGAAGAGUUUGAAGCUUCACACUCAUAUUGUGAAAAAGACUUAUAUUUCUUCACUCUCUUAAAGAAGAAAUCAGCCACUAGCUCUCGUAUGGUUCGUACUAUUGGAAUGGGUACAUGGGAAGCUGAAGAUGCCAAAAAAGACAUAGUUGAUAAAGAAACGUGUCAACUCUUAGGUAAUAAAAAACGUUAUCGAUUUGAGAAGAGUGGCACUAUCCACGAUUAUGAAUGGAUCUUGCAUGAAUAUAAACUUGAUAUGUCUUUGAUCAACAAUUUUUCGGUAAGCAAUAUUUAUUUAAUAUUAACGUUAAUCAUUAUACCGUUAGAAUUAAACAUAAGUUCCAAUGUUUGUGUCAUUUGAUUUGAUGCAAUUGUGACAUUAUUUAUAAUAUGAUUUAAUUUGUAUAUAUGUUUUUUCAGGCCAAGAAUUA